AAGACUAGUGGCCUUAGUGCCCAUGCCCAGUGACCCUCCAUUCAAUACCCGAAGAGCCUACACCAGUGAGGAUGAAGCCUGGAAGUCGUACUUGGAGAAUCCCUUGACGGCAGCCACCAAGGCAAUGAUGAGCAUUAAUGGUGACGAGGACAGUGCUGCUGCCCUCGGCCUGUUGUAUGACUACUACAAGGUUCCUCGAGACAAGAGGCUGCUGUCUAUGAGCAAAGCAAGUGACAGCCAAGAAGACCAGGAUAAGAGAAACUGUCUCGGCACCAGUGAAGCCCAGAGUAAUAUGAGUGGAGGGGAGAACCGAGUGCAAGUCCUGAAGACUGUGCCAGUGAACCUUUCCCUAAAUCAAGACCAUCUGGAGAACUGCAAGCGGGAGCAAUACAUCACCAGCGUCCCCGAGAGCCCGGCCAUCAUCCCUGUGUCGGUGUCCGGGAUCACCGUGGUGAAAGCUGAAGAUUUCACGCCGGUUUUCAUGGCCCCCCCUGUGCCCUAUCCCCGGGGAGACGGGGAGGAGCAACGAGUGGUCAUCUUUGAACAGACGCAGUAUGAUGUGCCGUCCGUGGCCACCCACAGCACCUACCUGAAGGAUGACCAGCGCAGCACUCCGGACAGCACCUACAGCGAGGGCUUCAAAGACGCGGCCGCGGAGAAAUUUCGGAGUGCUUCAGUUGGGGCUGAGGAGUACAUGUAUGACCAGACAUCCAGUGGCACAUUUCAGUACACCCUGGAAGCCACCAAAUCUCUCCGUCAGAAGCAGGGCGAGGGCCCCAUGACCUACCUCAACAAAGGACAGUUCUAUGCUAUAACACUCAGCGAGACCGGAGACAACAAAUGCUUCCGACACCCCAUCAGCAAAGUCAGGAGCGUGGUGAUGGUGGUCUUCAGUGAAGACAAAAACCGUGAAGAACAGCUUAAGUACUGGAAGUACUGGCACUCUCGGCAGCAUACAGCGAAGCAGAGGGUCCUUGACAUUGCUGAUUACAAGGAGAGCUUUAAUACGAUCGGAAACAUCGAAGAGAUUGCGUAUAAUGCUGUUUCCUUCACCUGGGAUGUGAACGAAGAGGCGAAGAUUUUCAUCACCGUGAAUUGCCUGAGUACAGAUUUCUCCUCCCAAAAAGGGGUGAAAGGACUUCCCUUGAUGAUUCAGAUUGAUACAUACAGUUAUAAUAAUCGUAGCAAUAAACCCAUUCAUAGAGCUUAUUGCCAGAUCAAGGUCUUCUGCGACAAAGGAGCAGAAAGAAAAAUCCGAGACGAAGAGAGGAAGCAGAACAGAAAGAAAGGGAAAGGCCAGGCCUCUCAAACCCAAUGCAAUAACUCCUCUGAUGGGAAGCUGGCUGCCAUACCUCUCCAGAAGAAGAGUGACAUCACCUUCUUCAAAACCAUGCCUGAUCUACACUCCCAGCCUGUUCUCUUCAUACCUGACGUUCAUUUUGCAAACCUGCAAAGGACUGGACAGGUGUAUUACAACACGGAUGAUGAACGAGAAGGUGGCAGUGUCCUUGUUAAGAGGAUGUUCAGGCCCAUGGAAGAGGAGUUUGGUCCAGCACCUUCUAAGCAGAUUAAAGAAGAAGUGAUGAAGCGAGUUCUGCUGUACGUGAGGAAGGAGACGGAUGACGUGUUUGACGCUCUGAUGUUGAAGUCGCCGACGGUGAAGGGCCUGAUGGAAGCGAUAUCUGAGAAAUAUGGGCUACCCGUGGAGAAGAUAACAAAGCUUUACAAGAAAAGCAAAAAAGGCAUCUUGGUGAACAUGGAUGACAACAUCAUUGAGCACUACUCGAACGAGGACACCUUCAUCCUCAACAUGGAGAGCAUGGUGGAAGGCUUCAAGAUCACGCUCAUGGAGAUCUGAGCCGUGGGCUUGGCAUGCCCUUGGCAGGAGCUCACAGCACAUUCCUCCCUGGGAGAGAUGGAGGCUGCACACCCUGGAGACCCACUUCACCAACCUCACAACUGCUGUUACAAGACUGCAUAGGCCCCACUCCGCCAGUGUGCUUGGCCCGUCCAUCAGCUCCUAC